UCCCACUGCUGGCAGAGAGGUCCGUUAUGUCGUUCAGAUCCCUCGCUAUAGUAGCAUUAGAUGCGCUGAAGAUGAGCAGACAUACUGUUCCUCGAGCCAUGAACAGUUAGGAAACUCUGAACCCGGUGGACGAGCUGAGGGAAAUGGCGAGAGACUUCACCACAACGAGUCUGAGUAACAUCGACCUCGCCUCUUUACGGGAUCCUGCAGGGAUCUUCGAGCUCAUCGAGGUGGUCGGCAACGGGACCUAUGGACAGGUUUACAAGGGUCGACAUGUGAAGACAGGACAGCUGGCAGCCAUCAAGGUCAUGGAUGUGACGGAGGAGGAGGAGGAUGAAAUCAAGCUGGAGAUUAACAUGUUGAAGGCUCACUCCCAUCACAGGAACAUAGCCACGUAUUACGGUGCUUUCGUGAAGAAGAGUCCUGCGGGCCAGGAUGACCAGCUGUGGCUGGUGAUGGAGUACUGCGGCGCCGGCUCGGUCACAGACCUGCUGAAGAAGACCAAAGGGAACUGCCUGAAGGAGGACUGGAUCGCCUACAUCUGCAGAGAAGUGCUGAGAGGUCUGUUACACCUGCACUCUCAUCACGUGAUUCAUCGAGACAUUAAAGGACAAAACGUGCUGCUGACGGAGAACGCUGAGAUCAAACUGGUGGAUUUUGGCGUCAGUGCUCAGUUGGACAGGACGAUUGGCAGAAGAAACACCUUCAUCGGGACGCCGUAUUGGAUGGCGCCGGAGGUGAUUGCGUGCGACGACAACCCUGACUCCACGUAUGACUACAGAAGCGACGUGUGGUCUCUGGGAAUCACCGCUUUAGAGAUGGCAGAGGGAGCGCCACCCCUGUGUGACAUGCAUCCCAUGAGAGCGCUGUUCCUCAUUCCACGAAACCCUCCUCCCAAACUCAAGUCCAAGAAAUGGUCUAAGAAGUUUCAGACGUUUGUGGACAGCUGUCUGGUGAAGAACUACCUCCACCGGCCGUCCACAGAGACGCUCCUACGCCACUCCUUCAUUAAAGACCUUCCCAAUGAGCGGCAGGUGCGCAUCACGCUCAAAGACCACCUGGACAGGACCAGGAAGAGGAGACGAGAGAAAGAGGGGACGGAAUAUGAAUACAGUGGCAGUGAAGAUGAAGAAGAUGCCAUGAAUGAAGAUGAAGGUGAACCCAGCUCUAUAGUCAAUCUUCCCGGAGAGUCCAUGCUGAGACGAGAGUUCCUGCGUCUGCAGCAGGAGACAAACACACAAACACACCUGCUCCAGCAAACACACAGCCAGGACAACUACAAGAGACAGCUGCUGGCCGACAGACACAAGAGGAUCCAGCAGCAGCAGGAGGAGCGCCGCCGCUUCGAAGACCAGCAGGAACGGCUGAUACACGAGACCGGACUCCAGUGGCCAGAGCUCCAGGAGAUGAUGUGGCAGGAAGAGACUGACCUUACCGAGAAAACUAGAAGAAAUCACAAGAAACAGCCCAGAGAUGGUGAACAGCACAGGACUGAUCCUCAAUCAGCGGCUGUGAGUCUGUUUGCUGAGCAGCAGCGCACUCUUCCCAGAGAUCAGUCACAGCACGACCCUGUGCUCCAGCAGAGGAGUCCUCGAGACAGGUUGACAGGUAAACUGGAGUCGCUGGAGGCUCAUCUUGUGAAUCUGAACAGUAUAGCGGUGAGAAUUCCUCAUGUUCAGUCUCGUCUGGGAUCAGGGAGCAGCUCCAGUCCGUGUACUCCAGCGCUGCAGAGAGCGGCCAAACCGCCGAACGUGAGCGUGUGUCCCAGUCGAGAGCUUCAUCACAGCAGCUCCAUGACAGAUGUCUCCGCCGCUCCUCUUGAUGAAGUCUUCUUCAGCUCUGACGAGCAGCCGCCGAAGAUUCCAGACCGAACCGCGUCCAAGCUCAAAGAUGUGUGGAGUCAGCACAGAUGCGUAUCCAGUGGUGAUGGUGUGAGGAUGUCCUGCAGCUCCAGCAGCAGCUCUCAGUCAGGUUACUGUAUGCUGGACAGAAGCGCUCAAGCCUCGCCACACAACCAGGGUUUGGGAAUGAAGUCUCCCUUCAGCCCAUUAAUGAAGCUUGCUGAAUAUUCUUCCUCCAGUGAUGAAGAUGAAGAGAGGACUAGGUCUCCGUUGAGCAGUGGCAGGCCGCUGUUAUCCAGAGGACGGUCUGAUGAGAUCAUUCUUCAGCUUCAUCACAGCGAUAAACAGCAGCAGCAGAGUGCAGCAGAGCCAGCACAUAACAUCCAUCCGAGGCCUGCAGGAUCUCCGUCCAGCUACAGCUGCUUUCUGCCCGACCUGCUGCACAAGAGCCCCUCGCACCAGCAGAGCGUCCUCGAGAAAUUAUUCAGUAGCCAGGCAGGAAAAAGCACAUCAUCUUCCUCUUCCUCAUUCUCCCCUUUCAUUGACCCUCGUUUGCUGCAGAUCUCUCCACCUCAGAGUCCACAGGGAUACAUCCAACUGAACAGCAGGGAUGAGCCGUGUGUCAGGCAGCCUCACAGGAAGGGCUCGGUGGUGAACGUCAACCCCACCAACAUCCGUCCUCAGAGCGACGCCCCGGAGAUACGCAAAUAUAAGAAGAAGUUCAACACUGAAAUCCUCUGUGCCAGUCUGUGGGGAGUCAAUCUGCUGGUGGGCACCGAGAGCGGCCUGUGGCUGCUGGAUCGCAGUGGUCAGGGUAAAGUUUACUCUCUCAUCAGCCGCAGACGCUUCCAGCAGAUGGACGUGCUGGAGGGGCUCAACAUGCUCAUCACAAUAUCAGGUAAGAAAAACAAGCUGAGGCUGUACUACCUGUCCUGGCUGAGGAAUAAGGUUUUGCGUAAUGAUCCGGAGGUGGAGAAGAAACAGGGCUGGACCUCAGUGGGGGAACUGGAGGGAUGUGUGAGCUACAAAGUAGUUCGCUAUGAGAAAAUCAAGUUCCUGGUCAUCGCCCUGAGGAACGCAGUGGAAGUUUACGCCUGGGCUCCUAAACCGUAUCACAAGUUCAUGGCUUUUAAAUCGUUCAGCUCGCUGCCCCAGAAGCCCCUCUCAGUCGACCUGACGGUGGAGAAUGGACAAAGGUUAAAGGUCAUCUACGGCUCUCACUCUGGGUUUCAUGCUAUCGAUGUGGAUUCAGGGACACCCUUCGAUCUUUACCUGCCCAGUCAUAUCCAAGGUGUGAUUCGGCCGCAUGCCAUCAUCAUCCUCCCCAGCAGCAGUGGGAUGGAGCUGUUGGUGUGUUACGAGGAUGAGGGAGUCUAUAUUGACACCUGUGGCCGCAUCACCAAGGAGACGGUGCUGCAGUGGGGGGAGAUGCCCGCCUCUGUGGCUUACCUUCAGUCGAAUCAAGUGAUGGGAUGGGGAGAGAAAGCCAUCGAGCUGAGGUCCGCCACGACUGGCAGUCUAGAGGGAGUCUUCAUGCACAAGAAGGCUCAGAAACUCAAGUUCCUGUGUGAGAGAAACGAUAAAGUGUUUUUUGCGUCGGUGCAGUCGGGUGGAUGCAGUCAGAUCUACUUCAUGGCGUUAGGACAGAACUCUCUCUUCAGCUGGUGAUCGUCUUCAUUCACAGGCUGUUCCUGAUAGAAGCAUCCAAAUGACAGAGUACACACUCCAUAUCGCAUAACCAACCAUCUGUUCAUUCAAACUCUCAUUUUUUCUUUUCAAUUUACUGUAUUCACAUAUAAACAUCUUUAAU